UGGAAGGGCAGGAGGAGCCGGUGGCAUUGAUUGCAGUAACCUGAUCCCGCGGGGGAGGUGGCGGCGGCGGCAGCGCUGCGGGCCGGGGGAGGGAACUGCCGGCAGCCGAGGGCUGGGCCCGGGAAGAGCUGGGGCUGGAGCCCGGGCAGGCGGCUGCUGCCUCCUCUCCCGGCCCAUCUAUUUUUAAUGAGCUCCCCAGGCUUCUGCAGCGGGCUGGACGCAAAGAGGCAGGCCCAGGCGGUGAGGCCGGAGGCCCUAGCCCUGCCGCGAGCCCGGGCCCCCGACCCUUCUGGCAUGAGAGGGUGGGCCUGGGGCCCCGCAGCCCCCCGGCCGGGCAGGGCUCUCCAUGCAGCUGGUGCUGAAGAUGGAUUCCAGCCCAGACAAUGACAGCUGGUUGGAGGACCAGUGGGAGCGCUGGCUCACCCAUGACAUCAGUCUGGAGGAAUUUGAGGAUGAAGACCUCUCGGAGAUCACCGAUGAGUGUGGCAUCAGCCUGCAGUGCAAAGACACCCUGUCCUUACGGCCCCCGCGCGCCGGGCUGCUGUCUGCGGGUGGCGGCGGCGGCGGCGCGGGGAGCCGGCUGCAGGCCGAGAUGCUGCAGAUGGACCUGAUCGACGCGGCGGGGGACACUCCCGGCGCCGAGGACGACGAGGACGACGACGACUUGGGGCGCGCUGCGCGGCGGCCGGGAGUGGGGCCGCCGGAGGCCGAGUCGGGCCAGGAGCCGGCACCCCGCGGCCAGGGCCAGGGCCCGGGCCCGGGCCUGGGCAGCGGGGACACGUACCGGCCCAAGAGGCCCACCACGCUCAACCUCUUCCCGCAGGUGCCGCGGUCUCAGGACACGCUGAAUAAUAAUUCUCUAGGCAAGAAGCACAGUUGGCAGGAUCGGGUGUCUCGAUCAUCCUCUCCCCUGAAGACAGGGGAGCAGACACCUCCACAUGAACACAUCUGCCUGAGCGAUGAGCUGCCACCCCAGAGCAGCCCGGCCCCCACCAAGGAUCGAGGCACCUCCACUGACAGCCCCUGCCGCCGCAGUGCCGCCACCCAGAUGGCCCCUCCAGGUGGGCCCCCUGCUGCCCCACAAGGUGGCCGGGGCCACUCGCAUCGAGACCGCAUCCACUACCAGGCGGACGUGCGGCUAGAGGCCACCGAGGAGAUCUACCUGACCCCGGUGCAGAGGCCCCCAGACCCUACAGAGCCCACCUCCGCCUUCCUCCCACCAGCUGAGAGCCGGAUGUCAGUCAGCUCCGAUCCAGACCCCGCUGCCUACUCCUCAGCUGCUGGGCGGCCGCACCCCUCCAUAAGCGAAGAGGAUGAGGGCUUUGACUGCCUGUCCUCCCCAGAGCAGGCCGAGCCGCCGGGUGGAGGGGGAUGGCGGGGGAGCCUGGGGGAGCCACCGCCGCCACCUCGGGCCUCGCUGAGCUCAGACACCAGCGCUCUGUCCUACGACUCAGUCAAGUACACGCUGGUGGUGGAUGAGCACGCCCAGCUGGAGCUGGUGAGCCUGCGGCCCUGCUUCGGAGACUACAGUGACGAGAGCGACUCGGCCACCGUCUAUGACAACUGCGCCUCCGCCUCCUCGCCCUACGAGUCGGCCAUUGGUGAGGAAUAUGAGGAGGCCCCCCGGCCCCAGCCCCCCACCUGCCUCUCCGAGGACUCCACGCCUGAUGAGCCCGACGUCCACUUCUCCAAGAAGUUCCUGAAUGUCUUCAUGAGUGGCCGUUCUCGCUCCUCCAGUGCCGAGUCCUUCGGGCUGUUCUCCUGCGUCAUCAACGGGGAGGAGCAGGAGCAGACCCAUCGGGCCAUAUUCAGGUUUGUGCCUCGACAUGAGGACGAGCUUGAGCUGGAGGUGGAUGACCCUCUGCUGGUGGAGCUGCAGGCUGAGGACUACUGGUACGAGGCCUACAACAUGCGCACAGGGACCCGCGGUGUCUUCCCCGCCUACUAUGCCAUCGAGGUCACCAAGGAGCCUGAGCACAUGGCAGCCCUGGCCAAAAACAGCGACUGGGUGGACCAGUUCCGGGUGAAGUUCCUGGGCUCAGUCCAGGUCCCCUACCACAAAGGCAACGACGUCCUCUGUGCUGCUAUGCAAAAGAUCGCCACCACCCGCCGGCUCACCGUGCACUUUAACCCGCCCUCCAGCUGCGUCCUAGAGAUCAGCGUGCGGGGGGUGAAGAUAGGUGUCAAGGCCGAUGACUCCCAGGAGGCCCAGGUGACGCCCCCCAGCCCGGCCCUCCCUCCCAGGAGCCCCCAGCUCUCCCACCAGGAGAAUAAAUGUAGCCACUUUUUCCAGUUAAAAAACAUCUCUUUCUGUGGAUACCAUCCAAAGAACAACAAGUACUUUGGGUUCAUCACCAAGCACCCCGCUGACCACCGGUUCGCCUGCCACGUCUUUGUGUCCGAAGAAUCCACCAAAGCCCUGGCGGAGUCCGUGGGGAGAGCAUUUCAGCAGUUCUACAAGCAGUUUGUGGAGUACACCUGCCCCACAGAAGACAUCUACCUGGAGUAGCAGUGCCGCCGCCUUCUCCACCCCAGGCCUCAGGCCUGUGCCGGGACAGCUGGCCGCUGACAGGAGGUGGUGCUGCUUGAGUCGGGGCACCUGCUGCCCCCACCAGAGGAUGGGGAAGUGGGGACGGCUGGCCGGGGUGGGGGGAGGGCAGGGAUUAUGGGGAGAGGCAAAUGCAGUUUAUUGUAAUAUAUGGGAUUAGAUUCAUCUAUGGAGGACAGAGCGGGCCACCCGGGGAUGGGCAGGGUGGGGCUGGGGCGGCCAGGAAGGCGGCCAUCCCAGGAGCAGAGCGCACUGCCCUAUCCAGGGCCUCACUUUCCCUGCCUGGGCUCCCUGGCUCUUGGCUCCUGCCUCGACCACACCCACGCCACCAGCGAGUGCCCACCCCGCUCCCAACCCCCACCCCCACUGAAGAGCCCCGGGCUGAGGCAGAGCCCCGCCACCUUCUGAGGACUUUCCAGUAAGGAAAUGGCAACUGGUGGAGGUGAGGACCCUGUUCUCAGCUCUGUCACUUGUGUGGCCUCAGGAUGUCCCCCCACCUCCAACCUUGCUGGCAUGUUGGCCCCCGGCCGGUGUAGGACCUCAGCGGGGAAGGGGACGAGCUGCAGCAGGGCCCCUGCCCUGGCAGGGAAAGGAGGCCCCUUGACUGCCCAGGCCGGCAGGGCUCGAGGCUGCUGCAGCUGCAGCCCCAUCUUGGUCCUGUCACCCCGGCCACAACUAUUAAAGUGCCAUUUCCCAUCUGGAUCACA